UUUCCAAAUCAGGGAAAAAUCCAAAAGAGUAUAAAACCCUAGACUGUCCCCAGCUAUUUAUAACACCCAUGAGGCCUUCCGGACUUCUCCGGAUCAACCUCUGCCUCUGCGUUGUGUACUUUUGUCUUUCAGAAUAUUAGGAAAACCCAUGAUUCUUCCAACCCACCCCCUCCUUUCUGCAUCCCAUUUACACCGAAGUUGACACAGACACAGAAGAGAGCGAGAGAUGAAGGGUCGGUCAUCAAAACAGGAAACUAAGGAAGGAAUGGAAAUAGAUAAGCCUGGUAAGCUCAAAGAGGAACCUCAUCUUUCGGGUGCUUACAUCCGAAGCCUGGUGAAACAGCUAACCUCUUCAAGAACCAAAGAUCCAAUGAAUCACCUCAAAGACCCAGACUGUAGUACUGUUGAUAGUGAUGGUUUCCCUGGAGAAAAUUUAACAAAAUUUUGUGAAACCCAACAAGCAGUAAAUCAACCCCCACAACCUCAACACCACAAAAAGCAGGUUAGACGAAGACUCCACACCAGUAGGCCAUAUCAAGAAAGGCUCCUAAACAUGGCUGAGGCUAGGAGAGAGAUUGUUGCUGCUCUUAAAUUUCACAGGGCGGCAAUGAAACAAGCCAGCGAACAACAACAGCAACAAACACAGAAUGAACAACAACAGCAACAAUCAAAUAAACUGCAGUGUCAACCAGCCCACCCAUGCUUUGAAAAAGAAGGAAACAUCACAUCUGGGAGAAUUCCUCGUCUAUACCCAUCGGGUACAGCCAAUUUUCCUAGUUAUCUUGAAAAUCUUUCUCACCCUUCCUUUUCUCAUCCACCUUUUGCUCAACACCCUUUCUCUUGGCCCUCUUCUUCUCCAUAUGAUCCUCCAUCCGCUGCUGAAAAUAUCAAUUUCACCCUCCCAAAUCAGCCCUUAGGCUUGAAUCUCAAUUUUCAUGAUUUUAACAACCUAGACACGAGCCUUUAUCAAAAAAGCAACCACCAAUCACUGUACGCAUCCUCUUCCCCCAAUAUUUCUGUAGCUGCUACCGAUCAGGACGCAGCCAGUGUAUUUGCAAUAUCACAGCUGGAAGCGGGGACUACUCCUCCAAUAGCAGAUGUCAUCGACUCCAGUACUGUCACAGCUGGUGGUUCUAGAGGAGGCUUGCAUGCAGCAAUGGAUGAUGAGGAGAUGGCGGAGAUCAGAUCGAUAGGAGAACAGCACCAGAUGGAAUGGAAUGACACCAUAAAUAUUGUCAGAUCAGCCUGGUGGUUUAAAUUCUGGAAGACCAUGGAACUUGGGGCCCCAGAAGUUAAGGUUGAAGCCGAUGAUGAUGGGUACCAUCCAUUUGAUGAAGUCAUGGAAUUCCCAGCUUGGUUGAAUGCAAAUGAGAGCUGCUUGCAACAACAUUUGACUGAGGACUACUUCGACGAUCCGGCCUUGCCUUGCAUGGACAUUGGAGAAAUCGAAGGUAUUGAUGGAGAUCAGUGGUUGGCUUGACGACAAGGAUUGAUUGUUUUUUGUUGAUCAAAUCUUUGGCUCUAUUUUGAUUUUUCCAUUAAAUUUUGGGUAGACCCAGAAACUUUUUCUUCUUAAUCUUGAUAAUAAGGCUGCUCGCAAAUUAGAUCUUAAAAGCAGGCAGUUCAUAGAGGAAAAUAAUUAUGUAAGGAAGAAAAGAGUACAUGCUCUUCUCCUAUUCCCACAGUUAUCAUUCUUAAUUAGCCAAUUUUGAAGUUUCUUAGUAUAA